CGGCGACGGGAGCGCACGCGUCUGAACCUCCCGGUAAUAUUGAUCUGUUGGUCAAUUGAUCUGUUCACGUAUCAAGGCUAGCUAAUCUGACUACACAAUUAAUAUUAGAUUAGUAAUUAUUUUAAGUCUUCGUUAAGUUAGCUGCUGUUUUUGACUAUCAGAUAAUGGAUCCGGCUCCGUUAUCGAAAACUGCGAAAUAUAAGAAGAUUACAAAACCACUUUUGGAGCGAAAAAGACGGGCUCGUAUUAACCGGUGCUUGGACGAACUGAAAGAUCUAAUGGUCGGAGCUUUAGAGAUUGAUGAUGACAACCUGAGCAAACUUGAGAAGGCAGACAUCCUAGAGCUGACUGUCAACCAUUUAACAAAACUGCACCGACCAAAAGACCCGGUGUUGGAAGCUAAAAAGUUUCAAGCGGGCUUUGGACAAUGCGCUACAGAAGCCUGCAGGUUCAUCAUGUCCGUUCCUGACUUGGACUCAAAUGUGAGUCAGAACUUAGUCGGUCAUCUAUCACGGCUGGUCAGUGCACAGCCUCUCACGAUACAAGUUCCAGAAAGACCUUCAUUUUCACCGCCCACUUCCCCUUCAUCUGUUCUAUCUGACAGACAGAAUUACUACAGCGAUAAUGAUAGAUCAUCUUCAGACGCCGAAGAGUCAAUUUAUUCCGAAGCGCCAAAACAUUGGCAUCCAAGACAUAAGACCAGACCACAAAACAUUCCAGGAUUAUUAACAACAGUUGACAAACUCGCACAUCAUGACGCAAGCUCACAAAGAAACGCGUCUUACUUCAACCGUGUCCCUGCCGAGGCGAAAGAUGUUAUAUUGCAAAAAAUAAGACAACACAUUAUGGAUAAACGUGGCAACGAAAAUAUCAAUGACGUCAAUGUUGAUAUUGAACAAAAGUAUUCUCCGAAAGACGAGGCGUACAAAAGUGAAUAUUUGUAUUAUACGAGCUAUCCCAACGAUACAUUAGACUUGAGAAAAGUACGGUCUCCAACAAAACCUGAUUAUCAACCAACAGAAACCAAAGAACCCGCGAUUGAUAUUAAACCUUCAGACGUUAAAUUCAGUCUCCCAGAACCGUGUGAAUCGCCGAUGGAUUACAGCAACUUACCACCUAAAAAGAAAAGGAAAUUAAUUGAGUACCAGGAGUACAAAAAACAGGAGGAGAUCAGGCGGCAACAAGAAGCUUUUUAUGCGGAUAAAAAACUGCGUGAAGGACCACCGGCCGAUGAGUUAGACGCUAAGUGGCGCCCGUGGUAAUAGAGUCGAGCAGUUUUAAGUAUCUUGCCAAAUGGAGACGGCAUUAGAAUAAAACAAACUAAAACAGGAGGUGUGGUAACAUACUAUUAGAAAACCGUAAGCAAAUGGGCUUGUCCUCAGCGUUACGACUUCAUCUUGGGAUGUUCAAUGAAACUAUACACACACAAUAAACAAAAGUUGAGUACCCACUUUAGUAUCAAUACAAUGCGAUCUCCUAUUUGGUUUAGUAUUCAAGGAUUUAUAACGUCAUUUCGAUAUUGUGAUAUUAUCUUCCAUGACAGCUUUAAUUUGAUUUAAUGUAUUGUUAAGUUUAUUAUACUAAUAUGUGCCUUAUUAUGCAUUUAUAUAACGGUUGAUAUCCCGUGCCAUGUAUAGAUGAUCUCGUUAUUUUCAUAGUUCUGUCGUCAUUAAUUUGUCUUCCAAAAUUUGUAAUCGAUAUUUCAAAACUUGUGAAAUAUUAUGUGUGAUUAUGUUUAGAUUUAUUGUUAAGAAUUUAAUUAAAUAAUUUAUACCCAA